GCAGAUAUUACGGACAUUGGAGACAUUGACAUUCACUUUGUUUUCACUUUUACGUGCGCGCUAACCUCCUCCUCAGACCAUGGGCUACUGGCUGGAGCUAAGAGCCUGGCUCCUGCGCGAUCCUGCCAAACUCAUACGCUAUCUCGUGCUCUUCGUCUGCAGCAUAAUCGUUAUAGUGCAGCUCUACGAGUGCUUCUCCAAGCUGUCCGAUCCGCCUAUAUCCACGCACUCGUAUUAUAAUGUUAAUCACACCAUAGAAAUGCCUGCGAUUACGCUUUGUCGCGAACCGCCCUAUCGAGAGGAUGUCUUAACAAAUAUAUCGCGUGGCUAUUGUCCACAUCCCAAGUAUGCGACCUGUUGGAUGGAUUAUCCUUUUGGUGAAGUUCCCUUUGAAGAGUUCUUUGCCAAUGGCACUUUUGAACAGGACGAGACAUUCUACCUAUAUGGAUUGAAUGGCGAUAAGAAUAAUGUUGUCAUCGACAGCAGCAUACACUUUUAUAUGGGUCGCUGUUACACUCUGCGUCCAGUCACGGCCAUGAAACGGGUAUCCAGGGCAGCGGGCUAUUCCCUAAUGCUAGAGCAUAAUGCCAACAAAAUGGCCAGCGAUGUGGAUCUAACGGCUGGCGCGGGCUGGCACGUGUUCAUACACGACAAGCGCGAGAACUUUACGGAGAUCAACAUGAAAGGCUCGGGCCGCGUGGAGUAUGUCUUUGUGAACAUCAAUGAGGAGAUUGAAAUUAAGCUGCAGAGCCAGGUAUUUUCAAAUGUGGAAACGCACACCGAAACCUGCUCCAGAGCGGACGGAUACAGUGAUCUAAAGUGCGGCGAAAUAUGCAUCUGGCAAGAUCUGGGCGAUGAGGUGGACUGCUCGGGUCCCUGGAUGCAUGAGAUUAAUCACGAGCCCUGCAAUAAUACGAAAUCUAUGCGCAAUCUCAUCGAAAACUACAGAGCGGUGUACGAAAGCAGCGAUGAUUACGAGUGCGACUGCCUGGAGCCAUGCGAGUCGCGCAUCUAUACGACCUACAUACAGAGCCGGAAAACCUUCUAUCAGCCCGAGCCGCGCACUUUGCUCUAUAUAUACUACACGACCAAGCUGAUAUCGAUGAUUGAAGAGCGUCCCAGCUAUGAUACAACCCAGUUUAUAGCCGAUGUCGGUGGCUCUCUGGGUUUUCUGCUUGGCCUCUCAGUGCUUGGCAUCAUCGGCAUCUUGGAGCAUGUAAAUAUAUUCCGGGAUUUGUACAAUGCGGUUGUCAAUUUCAAAUUCUCCUUUCAGCUAACAUUAUUCUUCUGCGGCGACUGCAUAAAGCGCCUCCAACUGAAGAACGAGCAGCGCAAUCGCUCCGACAGCCCCGAGGAUGGGCAAUCGCAGGCCAGCGUCGAGACGCUGGACAUCAAUGACGUCUUCACAGUGGAGAAAGCGCAAUUGGGCAAAUAUUGAAUGUGCUGUGAAUGUGUGU